CAACAAUGUGACAACAUCAUUGAACAACAACGUGACAAUAUUAAUAUGCAGCAACGUGACAAUAGCAUUGAGCAGCAACAUGAUAAUAUCAUUGAGCAGCAAUCUAAUACAUUAUUGGAAAUGGAUCCUGUGCCAACUAACGAUAACGUUGAAAUUCCCACUCUAGACAAUGUAG